AGCCACCAAAGUGGAACUGGCAUGGAACUCCCUGGGUUCAAAUCCGCCCUGUACCGUUCCCUGGCUAUGUGACCUUGGACAAGGCAGCUGUCCUGUGCCUCAGUUUCUUCUGAUGUGGUAUGGGGUGAUAAUAGCUCCUUCAUUCUCAAGUUAUGGUGAGGACUAAAUGAGCCUGUUACAAGUAAAGCCUGUCAGCUGUGCCGCUACUUCAGUGUCUGCUCUGUCACUUCUGCCACACCCUGCGGGGUAUGCAAAUGAGCUGGUCCCAGAGGGAGGAAGCCACAGUGAUUCCCCCACUGCACCAGCUCUCCUUCCCUGCGACUUUAGCCACAGAAUGUUCCAACUGCCUCUGGUUGUUGGGAUGGCCCUGAGGGACCUCAGUGGGGGCUGGACAGGACAGAGCCUCCUCAUCCUCCUGGUCAGGCCCCAGAGAGGCUGCACAAAUCCCCACUCCAGGAUAGCUCCCCUGAGUCUGCCCAACCGUUCCCAUGGGAUGGCUUCCCCUUCCCUAGCUAAAGCCCACUGCCCUGCAGGGAGAUCUUCCUAUCCUGAGAGCUCAGAUAUCUGCUGGCCCUGACCACCCCCUCAACUGUCUCCAGAAGGGGCAAUGAGGCCCCCAAUUAACAUAUUUUAGUAGCAAAAAGCAUGACCUCUAGACCCUGCUGUGUGACUUUGUGCAAGGUGCUUAACCUCUCUGUGCCUCAGAUCUCUCAUCUACAAAAAGGGAUGGUGCUUGUACCUACCUUGGAGGGUCAUUGUGAGGAUUAAGUGAAUGAAUAUUUGUAAAGUGAAUGGCAGUGAGUACCCCACUAAAGGUUUGGUGUUAAUGUUAGUCCCCGCAAGUCCUGAGCAGAAAGGGAAUGGUAGCCCCACUUUUACAGGUAAAAAAGUGGAGACUCAGAGGUGAAGGUCUUUACUCGAGCUGUCAUAUCCAGGAUUCAGAGAACAUCCUGCCUACUUUUCCACCAUUCACCCACAGUUCAAAGGGCAAGGCCAGCCAGAAGUGCCCAACAGGACCUAACCUGGGCUCUGCCUGCAGUUUCGGACAUUACCACCCAGCUUUCCUGCUCCCACACCUCUGCUCACAUGGGACCAUGACAGGCGAGCACUGCAACAUGGAGGAAUCGGCAGUGCAGGCCCCCGGAACUUUUCCAGAAGCUUUUAAGUCUUCCCUCACCCCUUCCUCUUUAGCCACACGCCUGGGGCAGUGGUGGAGUUGCUACAGGGGCUGACCUCCAAGUCUCUUAAGGGUGAGCUAGGUCAGGUUUAUGCUGUCUCUUCACCUCCCAGAGCCUGGCACACAUGUUGGCUUCAGGAAGGGUUUGCUCAGGCCAGGGGUUUGGAAGGCAUGUCACCAGGUGAAGGCCAGGUUCUUGCUGUGGCCUCCGAGGCCCUGCACGCUGCCGUUCCCUCCUCACUUCUCCCCCACACCUUUUGCCCCUUGCCCCCAGCCACUCCUCUGCACCCAUGAUGGCCUCCUCACUGUUCCAGCAGCCUCUGCCACAAAAGCUCUCCCACCACCUUGGGGCCUUUCCUGACCACCACCCGUCCAUGGUCUCGCUCCUCACCCCCAACAUUUCCUCACCUCUCCCUGCUUUGUCUUCCCCUCUAGGACUCUGUACUUUCUGACCCACAUCUCUUAGCUACCUUCAUGAUUGCCUGCUAACUAGGCAAGAAGCUCCUUGAGGGCAGGUCUGUUUGCUUGGUUCGUGAAUGUAUUCCAGAUCUGAGAACAGUGCUCCACAAACAUUUACUGAACGUUGUGGGGCCGGACAGAUAGCUCUAAGCCACUUCUUAGCCAUGUGACACCAAGCAUGUCAGCUAAUCUUUCCUUCUCUGUUUCCAUUUCCUGAGCUUGAAGGGACAUAAUAGGAAUAAUAAUAGGUUCUCCAAAGACGCUCGUGAGGCUUAAACCAGUCUCUCUAUAUACAUAAAGGACUUAAUACUUUACGUGGUUCAUAAAUGUUAACUAUUAUUAAUAACCUUCUAACCUGUACCUUAUUAUCCCCAUUUUACUGAUGAGGAAUGGAGGCCCAGAGAGUGUAAGUGACUUACGCAGGGCUUCGUGGCUAGAAAUUACCCAGGAAUGCCUGAAUGUGGGCUCCAGUCUCCCGAGCUCGGCUCCGUCCUCAUUCCCCGCUCUGUAGGGGCUCAGGAAGAGGUGAGGGCUGUAGCCAGGGAAGGGCUCAUUUCUUCAGGGAGCCUCUGGCUCACCCAGCUUUCUCUCCAAUGGUUGCCACCUGUCCCCUGGUGGAUACCCAGCCGCAACCCCUCGACCGGUCAGCGAGAGGCAGGCCCCCUCUGUGCUCUCAGCCCCCCACUCCUGUUGAUCCGCCUCCGUGCGGGGCCGCCCGCCUCGCCCAGGCAGCAAGGCCCCUGCCUCCUCCCACACCCGCAGGGGCUGCCACAGGCACUUGGCCCUCAGGCAGGUGGGGAGGGGUGAGGCCCGGGACCGCUCCUUCCCCCACAGGGUCUGGCUGGAAGGGCAAGAAGAGGCAGAGAGCCCGUUCCAGCUCUGGGCACCAGCUGCAGGCGAAUAGCAUCACAGACUAUUAAUAACCACAAGGAUGUGCCCCAGGGAAAGGGCAGACUGCGCCAGCUGGAGGGGAGGCCGAGGCAGAGCCUCGCAGCAAGGGGAACCCCAGGCUGCCCCUAGCGGGGAGGGCAGUGGCAAGGAGGUUGUUUGCAGUUUCGGCUGCUCUAUCUUGCUCUCAGUCUUCCCACCUGGGAAACGUGGGAGCCGGGUCAGAUGGUCUCCUAAGUCCCUUCUGGCUCGCGCAGAUUCGGGGGCUGAGAUUCAACCAAGCCCAGACAGCCCCCAUCUCCAGCGUAGAAAACCAAGCUUCAGGCAGACGGUGCUGAGUCGCUGUGAAUCCACGACAGACCCAUGGUCCCAGACCCCUCUGUCCAGCCAAUGCCGGUUUCAUUCUUACUGAGGCCCACCACGUUAGACGGACGUUGUCAGCCCCCUUUCACUGAUGGGCAAACUGAGGCUCAGGCAAGUGGCACAGCCUGUCCAAGAUCACACAGUAAGAGGGGUGGAGCUGGAAUUUGCACCAAGACAGGAAGCAAGGAAGUGAUGGGAGAAUACUCUUCUCCUCCUUUUGAACGGGAAGGGCCAUGGAAUGUUUGCUGGAGUCUCUAUUCAUGUUGAAGGACCAAGGGGAGGGAGAGGCCUUACCUGGAGCCACUUGAGGGCUCCCUGGAGCCCUGGCCCCCCGAUGUUUCGUGUAAAAGUGUGCAUGGGUGACUGGGGACUUUUCACACAGCCUUCUGUGACCCGUGAAGAGUUAAGAACCACUAAAUAGUUCGUUGGAUAGACUGGGAAACUGAAGAGAAGGGAAGGCAGGGGGCUGCCAGGAGCUCCCUGGGACCAGCAGCAGAGGCCAGUGCUCUGCCAAACACCUUACAGCCUUCCUGGGGCCAGAGGGCCAGCCUCUGGGUGCCCCGACUCCCUGGCAGCAGAUAGGAGAACCCCCAUGUGAACACAUUUCUGCACUGGGGUAAACAAAUGAGGGUCAACGACCCACUCUGGGGAAGAUGGCAAGCAGCAGAGAGCCAGACUGGGACCCCCACCUUAGGGACAUAAAGAGGGCUCUGCUCAAGGUGGGAUGUCAAGGAGCUCCCAGGGGCCCCCACCUUCCUGAGCAUGGGCUGACCCACUGUGGGAAUCCAGGGCAACCAAGCUGGGCCACUCCUCUGGCCCUUGGAAGGGGAUCCCAGCCCUGGGCUGUGGAGCCUGGGUGAAUGGGGAUGACAUCCCCUUGCAUUUUCCCUUUGGCUUCACCUGGACCAUCAGCCACACUUACUAACUUUCACUGCCUAGACCUAAAAGGAUCUUACCUAGUGAAAAGUUUCAUUCCUGCCCUGCCUUCGUUCACUCAGUUCCCACUCCUCUCCCCAGAGACUGUUUCAUGCAUCCAUUCAUUCACCAAAUAGUGAUGAAGUCCCUGUGAUGGGCAGGCACUGUCCUAGCUGCUGGGGGAUCCGCAGGAAACAAAACCAGCAUCCCUGCCCUCCUAGCGCUGAAGUUCUAGUGGCAAAGAGAGAGGGUCACGGUAGAUCUCAGUAAAUUAUAUAAUACGCUAGAAGGAUACCGUUUACUUGGGGACACUAGGGCAGGAUAAGGGGAGUGCGGUAGAGGAACCCUAGUUGAGAAGGUGUCGUUUGAGCAGAACUUGGAGGAAAGGAGCCAUAUGGCCGUCUAAGAGCAGAGAGAACAGCCCCCAGGCCAGGAGCUGGCAUGUUUGGGGAACAACAGCAGGGAGAGCAGCAUGUCUGGAGCAGGGGAGGGAGGAGACAGUUCAGAGGGGUAAAUUGAGGGCUCCUGUAAGGACUUUGGAAUGAAAUGGGAGCUGAUGGUGAGUGCUGAGCUGUGGUGGGUGGGGGGUGCUAGGUAGGAAGUUACCACUGUACCCGUGUGACUGGGAUGGCUCAGACCAGAGGGAGUGAGGGCUGAGAAGGUCCAGUACCUUUAUUAAUGUCUGUUGUGGAUUCCGGAGCUCCUUCAUGCAAAUACAUGUACGUGAGAAACCUAUUCUUAUUCCCCUGCACCUCCCUCCCAUUUCAAAGUAGGAUACUAAAGCAAGUGAGACAGAGGCCCAGAGAGGGCGAGGGAGCUGGAGGCAGCUGCUGUGCCCCACCAAGAACCCGCUGUCUCCUACAUGGCUGGGGGAGGGCCAGUGGCACAGCCCUCUGGGGGACACCGAACAUUCUAUAGAAAUUCGGAACUCAUUCACCCUUUAAGCUGGCCACCCAUUUCUAGAGCUGAGCAUACAGACACAUCCCCAUACUACAAAAUGACUUAGGUACAAGGCAACUCUUGUUUAAAGUAGCAAAAAGUUGGACAUGACCCAGUAGGGGUUUGGUUAAAUAAAUGUCAGUGUAUCCGGUCCUACCUUUCCCCAGGGAAGGGGGGGCCUGGGUUCCAGUUCUGCAGUGGUCCCUCCCUCCAUCCCCAUCCGGGCUGCCUCCCCGCCUCUGGCCUCGCCUAGCCUUGCACAGUUGUGUGGGGCUGCCUGGGUGCUGUCCUUGCCUGUGGUGCUGAAGAUAGUGGGGGGCAGAGACCAAGAGUAGAGAAGAGUUGAGGUGGAAGUUUGGGGUUCAGUCCUUGUCUCUGCUCUUUACUGGCUGAGUGGCCUGGAGCAGGCUGCUGAACCCCUCUAGGCCUCUGCAUCCUUCUCUGUUACACAGGCGUGCCAUGAAGAUGACAGCCCCAAUGUGAAGCAUUGGCAUGUUGAGAAAAUGAGUGGUAAUUGGCACGAUACCGAUUUAGGAACAAUGAAACAGAGAGGCCAGGCUUUUGGACACUGGAGUGAUAAUGCCUGGGUUUGAAUCCCAGCUCUGCCAUUUAUGGGAUGAUCUUGGUAAAGGGACAUGACUGCUCUGGGCCUCAGUUUCCUCAUCUGUAAGUUGGGGUAAAUAACAGUCCCCAUGUCACAGGCUGCUGCAAGGCUUAGAUAAGUUAAUUUCUCUGAGGCCCUUGGCACACCUCGGGGAUCCUUAGUGUUAGCAGUUCUGUCACUUUCCUCUCUCACAGCACCUGUGGCCUCUCGGUCCCCACCAGUGGCACACCCAGCCACGCCCCCCCUCUGCUGUGCUCAGGCUGGGCUGUGACAGGCGGAGCACCCCCCACUGUGCAGAGGCCCUGGCCUACAGCCCAGCCCAGCCACUGGCUUUCUGUGGGCAAAUGAUAACUCACACAAGCCCCUGGGAAAUUAACUAUGUGCCUGCAGGGGCCUGUUCAAGAGAACCAAUACAUAAAAAGUUACAACUCACCGAACACGUAAAGAAUUAUUUACCCAGCAUUUGUCACACCCUGGCUAAGCCCUAGGACUACCAAGGUGAUUAAGGCAUGAGGGUUGCUUUCGAGGACCUCUUGGGUUUCUUGCUGGGUUGUCAAUCCCCUUCAAAGCCCAUCUGUAUGUCACUUCCUCCAGGAAGCCCAACGAUCCCCUCUGUCGUGCCCUCCUUGGAAAUGCUAGAGCACUGAUAUGGCAUUUCUGGCCUUCUGGUUAUCUGAGUCCUUAUUUUGUCUGCCUUCCUAGUUCGUAGGUUCAUAUCUUCUACCUGAUGCAUUGCUCUAACCCACUCGCCCCAUGCCAGCACCCGGCACAGUGCCCAGGCCUGAAUAGACAUACUUCUCUGGAAUCUUUAGGUUGCAAGUUACAUAAACUCAAUUUAGAGUGGCUUAAGCCAAAAAGGAAAAUGUAUCGAUGCAUGAAACAAAUGGUCAGGAGUAUAAUUGCUUUCAGUCCUGCCUGGAUCCACGUGCCCAGAGUUACCAGAAAUCCCUCCACCUUACAGCUCUGCUUUUCUUCUCUGAUGUUUCACUCUCAGGCAGGCUCUCCCUGCAUGGUGGCAAAGCCGGCCCCCAGCAGCUCCAGACUUUGCCCUCCGGCGUUGCAUCCCAGGGACUGGGAGGCGUAUCUUUCCCGAUGGCUGAAGCCCAAGUCCUAGUUCUAGAUCCCAGGGAGUCAGCUUUGGUCACAGGUCUCUGAACCUGCUGGCCAGCCCAGCUGUAUCGAGCCUGCCCUGUAGCCUGGGUGGAGACAGUUCUCCUGAGCCAUGUGGCCUGAGAGAGGGGCCGUUCCCUGAAGAAAGGGAAGUUCAUGCUGAGCAGGAAAAAGCACCACAGGCUAAAUGCCUGAGCAAGGCAAGGCGUGGGUCAGAUGUGGUCUUAAGACAUGGAUAAGGAGGCCUUAGAGGGAGAAGCUUGGAGGCUGGAAAGCGGGCUGAGGGUAUCUAAAGCCGGCUUAGCCAAGUAGGCUGGGAGCAUCACGAUCCAGCCCCUCACUCUCCAUAGAAGCAAAGUGGAGCAGCCCCCUGUCCCCACACAGUACCUGAAAUGAUGCUUUUGUUUUAUGGCUGCUUUAGUGACACGGCUUUUCAUAAGAUGAACCCAGAACAGUGACCCAGCCCGCAACCAUCAUCUGUUCGAUGGACUCCUUCCAGGCCAGGGCUUGGUUAGGGCUAGUCUUGGGGUUUGCCUGCGCUAAGGGCACAGCAUGGGUGUGGUGACCUGAGGGAGGGGACCUGCGCAUGGGGACAGAGAAUCUUAGACUUCCAGAAUGAGAGUAAGAAAGGCCUGGCUGAUGUCACUUGGUCCAGCCUAACCCCCCACUGCCGACUCCCCAACAGAGGGACAUCUAGGUCUCUGCUUCUCUACCGCCAGCGACUGAGAACGCAUUUCCUCCCUGUAGUGAUGCGAGAACUGUCUCAUUGUGCGGCUCUCUGCUUGGGUUUACCUUUAGGAGCCUCAGAGGACACUGUGCAUAAGAGCAUGGGACCUGAAGCCUGACAGCCUGAGUUCAGAUCCAGACUGGUUAGCCCAUCAGUUCCUCUGUACCCCUUUCUGUAAGAUGGGGUCAUCAGAGUAGCACCUACCGCCCGGACUUGUGCUUGUUAAAUCAUUUAAUCCAUCAUGGUUAGCCCAGCACUUGACAUAUGGAAACAUUCAAUAAAUGCUUGCCAGUAUUCUUAUUCUCCCAUGAGACAGGAUAAGAGCAGGCCCCCGCAUCUUUACAGACUGGUCACCCCCUCCAGGCAGUUGGACACACAGAGGUUCAAAUCCUAGCUCUUUGGCCUCCUGGCUACAUAAUCCUUGGAUUAGACUAGUGCUAGCUGCUGUAACAAAGAAACCCCUCUAUCUCAGGAGCCCUAAACAACGGUCAUUUACUUCCGGGUUCCAUAAGAUGUAGAGUGGGUAACCUUCAUCGGCAAGAGACUAACUACCCACAGCCAGGUACCCAGGCUGCUCCUAGCUCCACUCUCUUUCUUUUUGUUUGUUUGUUUGUUUUAAAACUUAUUUAUUUCUUUGAGAGAGAAAGCAGGGGGAGUGGCAGGAAGAGGGAGAAGCAGGCUCGCAGCUGAGCAGGGACCCAAUUUGGGGCUCAGUCCCAGGACCCGAGGAUCAUGACCUGAGCUGAAGGCCCAGGCUUAACUCACUCAGCCACCCAGGCGCCCCUCCACUGUCCCUUACGACCCAGAGGCCUCUGUAUCAGGCCUGCUUGCGGGAGGAGAGAAAAGAGAAACCCCGCCCACUCUGAAGAGGCCCCGCCCAUCAGUGACUGCCAUCAUUUCUGCUCCCAUUCUAGUGGGAAGCUGGUCACGUGGCCCCACCUGGCUGCCUGGUGGGCGGGAAAUAGACUUCCCUGCUGACAGCCGCCCUCCUGCAACAGCUCUGCCUUAUAAAAGAGGAAACACAAAGUUCCGAUGGACAGUUGGCUAUCUUUGCCAAAACCAUAGUAAAUCGCCAACCUCCUGGGCCUCUGUGCUUCAUCUAUAAAGUAGAAAGCACCACUUGAUCGUGGCAAUGGACAUUUACUAAAAUCCUUGAAUUGUGCCUACUAUGGGGAGAAGAUGAGCGUGGGCUGCCCAGAGCCCGAACCACCCCGCUCCCUGCCCUGCUGUGGGCCAGGGACUGCCCCUGGGUUGGGUGCAGGCGUGCCCCUCCUCACUGAAGACAUGCAGGCACUGACCCUCCGCACGCUGGCCGCCAGUGAUGUGACCAAGCACUACGAACUUGUCCGGGAGCUAGGCAAAGGCACCUACGGGAAGGUCGAUCUCGUGGCCUACAAGGGCACAGGCACGAAAAUGGCACUGAAGUUUGUGAACAAGAGCAAAACGAAGCUGAAGAACUUCCUGCGGGAGGUGAGCAUCACCAACAGCCUCUCCUCCAGCCCCUUCAUCAUCAAGGUCUUUGACGUGGUUUUUGAGACAGAGGACUGCUAUGUCUUCGCCCAAGAGUAUGCGCCCGCAGGGGACCUGUUUGACAUCAUCCCUCCUCAGGUGGGGCUCCCCGAGGACACGGUGAAGCGCUGCGUGCAGCAGCUGGGCCUGGCACUGGACUUCAUGCACGGGCGGCAGCUGGUACACCGCGACAUCAAGCCCGAGAACGUGCUGCUGUUCGACCGCGAGUGCCGCCGCGUGAAGCUGGCCGACUUCGGCAUGACGCGCCGCGUGGGCUGCCGCGUGAAGCGGGUCAGCGGCACCAUCCCCUACACGGCGCCCGAGGUGUGCCAGGCGGGCCGCGCCGACGGCUUCGCGGUGGACACGGGCGUGGACGUGUGGGCCUUCGGCGUGCUCAUCUUCUGCGUGCUCACCGGCAACUUCCCGUGGGAGGCGGCGUCGGGCGCGGACGCCUUCUUCGAGGAGUUCGUGCGCUGGCAGCGGGGCCGCCUGCCGGGGCUGCCGUCGCAGUGGCGCCGCUUCACGGAGCCCGCGCUGCGCAUGUUCCAGCGCCUGCUGGCCCUGGAGCCCGAGCGCCGCGGGCCGGCCAAGGAGGUCUUCCGCUUUCUCAAGCACGAGCUCACGUCCGAGCUGCGGCGCCGGCCCUCGCACCGCGCGCGCAAGCCCCCCGGGGACCGGCCGCCCGCCGCCGGGCCGCUGCGCCUCGAGGCGCCCGGGCCGCUCAAGCGGACGGUGCUGACCGAGAGCGGCAGCGGCUCCCGGCCCGCGCCCCCCGCCGUCGGGCCCGCGCCCGCGCCCGUGCCAGUGCCCGUGCCCGUGCCUGAGGCCGGCCUGGCGCCCCCGGGGCCCCCCGGCAGGACCGACGGCCGCCCGGACAAAAGCAAAGGGCAGGUGGUGCUGGCCACGGCCAUCGAGAUCUGCGUCUGAGUCGCCUCCGCCGCCCUCGGGGCCGAGGAGCCGUGCUAGCACUAGGCCGGGCCGCCGGGAGCCGCCCUGGGCCCACGCCCAGCCGUGGUGGGGCGGGGGCCGCGGCGAAUCCGACCGCCCCCUCCUUCCGCGGCGGUGGGAGGGAGUAGCGCUAGGCAGGGCGGGGCGGCGGGCCUGGGCGCCCGGUCCGCGGCCGGCUGCCGAGAUAGCCACCAAAAGACCUCUUGCCCCGCCUGUGGGGCGGGGGCUUGGCCCUCAGGAGCCGAGCCCCGCAGACCCGAGGAUUCAGAGGCCCCCCUCUUCCCCGACACCCGGAGCAAGGGAGCUUGCGGGCAGACUCCCCCCGCCCCCAUACACACACACACCUCCCCGAACCCUGGAACCCCGACUAGUUACUCCCGGCCCUUUGCAACCCCUGGCAGAUCAUCCCGCAGUCCCACCGCUGGUCCUCCCUCCUGGCCGCCCGCACCCUGCGCCCUCCCCCCAAUACGCACUCGGGCACAGAAGGGGACGGAAGUGUUGGGGCAGAGAAGGGGCUACUUAAGGCCCUCGAACACUGGCUGGGGGUAGGGCGAUGAGCUGAGGGCAGGGGUGUUACUCAGCGGCGCCCUGCGCUUUCCUGGGAGGCUCGAGCGGAGAGGCCAAGCCUCCUGCAAAAUGUAGCAAAUGCCUGGAUGUGGCAAAACUGUGUGUGUGUGUGUGUGUGUGUGUGUGUGUGUGUGCGCGCGCGCCCGCAGGCAUAGGCCCCGAAGAAUCCAGAGACCCCCACAACCCAUUCCCCUGAGGUGAGGACACUGAGCCCAGAAGGAGGGCAACUUGCCCCCAGCCGCACAGACCCCUGAGAGAUGGAACCCUGGAAGUCCUCUCCCCCCUCCUCCCAAGGAAUUGUCCUCCAAAUUCGAGGAGGGGAGGGCUGCCAGGGCGGGGACUCAGCGACCGCCCUGCAAACCCCGGACACCGGGAGUGAGUGCAGAGCUCAGGGGCCGGCCCAGCUCCCCCUGCUGGCGGCACCUUCCUCAGGCCGGGGAACCUCAGACCCCCUUGAUCCUCGCUCCCUGAGCCCAGACACAGUGACCUGGGCCAGGAGUGUCCCUGGGUUUCUGCUGGGGACCGACACGUCAACCCAGGGCUGCCCCCAUCCCCACAUCUCCCAGGUUCCUGGUACUGGAGUGGGCCGCUGUGGGUGUGAGGAUGCCGUGGGAAUGAGGGUGGAGGUCCAUGGAAACCUGAGGGGUGUUAGUGUGUGAACAGAUGUGUGCGUGGCGUGAGUGUGAGUCGAGUGCCCAUGUUUGCAUGUAGUCUCGUGUGUUCAGCGACGGCAUCCAGACGCCUCCAAAACUCCGCCUGGCCCCAGGAUCCUCCCCAGGCAGCUGCCCGCGGGUGUCCACGCCUGUGCGUCACCACGCGCCCCUCAGGGAAUCUGGCCGGGAGGCACCCAACUGUGGGUUCAGGCCCCGAGGCAGCAAAACAGGAGCCCAACCUCACCCAAUGUUCCCUCGAGACCCCUGACCUCGCUGUGGAGGCCCGGGACCCCGCAAUAACCUCGACAUGGGUGAGGCCGCUCCUUCCGCCUGGCAGGGUCCCAGCCGCCAUCCCGGGCCACACCUGCCAGGGUCCUACCGGGGUUCUAGGCCAUUGGAGGGGGCUCUCUGAGGAGCCUGGCUGACCAGAGAGGGCCCAACUACCCUCUGGCCUGGAAUCCCCCCUCUCUCCACGCAUCCCUCAUUCCCACUGCGCAUAAAGGGCUAUGGGUCCUCCUGCCCUGCCUGGGUCCAGUUUACAAACAGUGUGCGGUGGCCCCAGGGCCUGGCCCCGCUCCCCUCUGUGUGCCCACCCCUCUGGAGGCCACCCCUCUGCCGUGGGCCCUGGGGCCCUCCAGGUGCCAGGUAAGUAGCAAUCCCUCCUCCCACCAAGGGCCGAGUUUCAGAGAAGGGCCCCCCCAUCACUGCCCCCGGCCCACCUGGAGCCCAUCUGGGCCACCUCUCUCUCCCAGCCUUGACUUCUCCUUUUUUGCCUUAGGCCUCUCAACAUCCUGUUUCUCCUGCAAUAACACGGACGCAAGAUUCCAAGUAGAUGUCCCUCGCCGUGCGCCCUCUCUCUCUCUUUCUCUGUUAAGAUCCUAUCUGGGAGUUUCUCCCUCAUUGUAGUAUCUAGAAUGUUAGAGUUGGAAAGGGGACAGUAGUUAGUUAGCCCAGCCCCUAUGUUCAGAGGCACAGGGAGGGGCAGCAACUGCCCGACGCCGGGAGCCGGACUGAGCCAGGCCUGCUCCCUCACGUCGGGCCCCCCCGCUGCUGGUGCCCCCCUCUGCUAGUUGGGUUGGGACCCUUUGCCCCUUAGGAGAGGUGUUGGUCACAGACGUUUACCUCAGUUUAUGUCACUGUCGAAGAAACAAAUAGCAAAAAAUUAAUAACACCGUAGACACAAAGACUUAGAAGACAACACACAAAAAAAUCUUACUCUUUUCGAUUCUUCUGUGAAGGUGUGUGUGUGUGUGUGUGUGUGUGUGUGUCUCUGUCCCACCCCGGGCAGGCCGGGUCAUCCCUGAUCUCUGUCCCAGCCCCUGUGCCCCCACACUGCCCCUGUCCUUAGGUGCUUCCCAGAGGCCCCUCUGAGCUGGCCUGUGGGGUGUGGGGAGCCCCCUGGGCGGGAGGCAGGGCCACAGGUUAGCUAGAGGGCCUGCCAUCAGGCCCACAGAGAGAUCCCCAAGGCUGCCAAUAUUCCUUGAGCCCACGCACUGGCCGGUGGGACCGUCGCGGUGGUUAGCAUCAGCAUCCAAGCCUGGCUCAGGGCCUGGGCAGAACCCCAGCUCCCGAGCCCCAGCCCCUCAUGUCCUGCCACCGCUCCCCCAUAUGUUUGUAAAUACUCUGGCAUCCUUUGGCCCUGAGAAGGUUUUUAAAUGUGUUAUUUACUUCUCUAAUCAUGACAAUUGCUAUAAAAUAAACAAAAGUCUAGAAAAAUGA